AUGUCAGAAUCACCAUCCUCCAAUCAUGAUACAUCCAAAAAGAAGAAAAGUAGUGCCAACAUGCGGGAGACCGUCGCCUCCUUGCAUCGAGAAAUGGAAGUCGCUCCAAAGCCUAAGAAACGGAUUUCACGACACGAAUCUAUAGAGCGGACCAAGCGGAGGAAGAAAUUGGAAAAGGAAGAACGCAAUGAAUUCUUGAUCCAAACCGAACCAGAACACGUUCGUCUGAGGGGAUCUCAAGCAGCCUACGGAAUGGAAGUCAUUCAUGGGAGUCGCAUCUUUCCAAAUGCACCAAAUCAACGACGAACUUCGCAGAGAGAAAGUCCCGAUAAGUUUAGCAAGGUCAGGGGAGACGCCUUGGAUCCAAUAUCUUUGGAAGUUGAUGAUGAGGCGAUUGGAAUGGAUGAUGACGACGAGCUUGAAGAGUUUGCCGAUGUGCAAAAGCAAGUAGAACCAGAAGCAGUGGAUGAUGAUGAAGACGAUACUGACGAUGAUGAUGAAGAUGAAGAUGAUGAAGAUGAGGAGGAGGAAGCCAAAUCUGCAGACAAUGCCGCCAAACAGAAAUCCGACAAAGCUGAGCAAGUCAAACGAGCAACGAACGAAAAGCGUAAGAGGCAAUACAGAUUACGAAACUUUCAAUCAGUGAGAAUGGCCCAUAGACAUGGAGAUGCACUCAAGUAUCAUGCACAAGGCCGACCAACGCUUGCCAUCAAGGCUCUAAAAGAAGUGGCACGUGAUGUACCAUCUGCUCCACAAGUUUAUUCUUCGCUGGGGAUGGUCUAUGAGGAUAUGCUCAUGGAAAGUCUGAAGAAAACCAAUUCAUCAGAGUCACCAGAGCAAUCGCAAACUGAAACCGGAAAUGGCGAAAUAGAGGAAGAAAAGGAGGAGGAACCAACAAACCUUGAGAUGGAUCCAGUCUUCAAAGAUCAAUUGGAUCUUGCUAAAAAAGCUUAUGGUUCCUAUCAUGUUGCAGCGAUUCUAUGCAAACAGGAUUACACCUUGUGGGUAAAAGCGGCUGGGUGUGCAAUUCAAGCGGCCGAGUUGCACGGGCGAGCGACGACCAUGAAGAGUCUUUCGGCCGAACUUCAGGAGCACAACCGAUCCGAGCGGAAACGAUGGUUCUUUGAGGCCUUGGGAGAUCUAAAGGUAGCAGAUAAGCUGAAACCACCAGGAAUUGAAGUUCCAGCAAAGCUUGCAGCUGUUCAUAUGGAAGUUGGGAAACUUUCAGAGGCAUUGACAAUUCUGACAGACUUGAAGAACCGACCCAAUUCCGAUGGUUCCCGCUCUGAAUUCCAGUCUAGUUACAAAGCUUGGAUGUUGUAUGCUGAUCUCAUGUUACGGAUUGGGCACGAGUGUAUGCAAUGGAACAAAAACAUUCGGAGCAACGACAAUUAUAUGUUUCGUCGAUGGUUGCGGAAGCUGUCGUACACCUUUGAUUGGCAAGAACGGCGACUUCAGGCGCUUUCGCUAUCAUUGGAAGCUGCUGCUGGAUCAAAGAAUAUUGCAAGUUUCAAAGAGUGGGUUAUUCAAAGGUCGAUGGGCCCUCAAUACACUGGGGCAGCAGCGAAUUCUAAUUCUCUCGUUCCAGACGACAUUCCUUCGAAUGCUGACCAAACGGAAGAGGAAAAGGAUGCAGAGAAGAAAGAUCAGUUUGAAGAAGAAAAGAUUUUGCUGAUCGAAAAGAAUCGCACAGAGCUUGAAGCAUUUGACAAAACGACUACAGAUAUCAACCAAAGUGGCCGAACAAGUGCGACCGAUCAAGAUAGAGAUUUCGCUCGGGAUGAAAUGAUUGCGGCUCACAAAGAAGCUGUCGAAACACUAGAAAGCGAUUUCAAUGAAGCGAAUCCCGAGGGCAAUAAAAUGGAUGUCGAAGACAAAGUUUUAGGGACAGAGAGUGUCAAUCUUCCCAUUUCAGCUUCAUGUCGGCAAGUUUGUGAAAUCGCUUGUGAACUUAUCAAACAUUUGCUUGGACUUCAACUCUACGAAGGUGCGCGUCUUGCCGGAGAAGGAGUAUCGGCUUAUUUCAAAGAACGUGCUUUGAGAUGUGACAAACGGAUACAGAAGCAGCGACAAUACAAUGAAUACCAAGAGAAGCUUGCAAGGUCGCCAUUCAUGCUUCAAUCAUAUGAAGAGAUGUAUGGUAGUGAUAGUGAGGAAGAGGACGAAGCCUCAGCGGAUCUAUCAGAUGACGAAAAUCUUGACAAUGAAGAGAGUUCAGAGCUGUUGGCAUCUUUGCGACGAGGAGCAUUCCCUCCUGAAAUGAGUGUAUUAUUCGGUCUUGCUCUCAUUGGAGAGGGUGGUCGCAACUAUGUUGCGGCAAAAUGCAUCGAAAAGAUUGAAGGAUUGGAGCAAGAGUCAAUAGCAUGGCUCCAGAGUACAGAACUCGAAUCGACCAUAGCAGGAGAUCCAAUCUGGGGUCCGUUUCAGCUUGCCAUGACAGAACCAUUCGGUCGAACGACAGCUUUCAGUUUCGUUGCCGAUUUUCUGCGAAAGACGAACAAGGAAGAACAGUGGUCGAACCAUUUUGCGCCCUUGUUCCGUAGUCAUUUGAGGACUCUUCAGUCCUCAGGAUUAUUGGAUGCGGUGACAGAGCUUGAAGGUAGGCUGAACCCUUAUGUGAACUUCAGAAAGAACCAACUACUAAAGGUCAUGGUGGCGGCCAAUAGAUUUGAUAUCACUUUAAGUGUCUCUCCAACAACUGGAAUCUCAUUUCAGCGUGAAGAAGGCGAUAUGAGCCCAACAGAUCGAGUGAACUUGGCGCUAUCGUCAAUGACGUCGAUACGAAACUUUCUUCACUUGGUUUGGAAAGUCGAAGACGGCAACUUGUCGCCAUUCUGUACUGAUAUUGUGUCGUUGUGUCGCAAAUGUCUAUUGUGGCUCUCUAAUGAUUACAUGGGGUCACUGUCCUAUUCGAAGGUACAUGAAGUACUUGAACAUGCGAAAAGUAUUUUGUCCAAAUUCUGCACCGAGCCCAUCGCGAAUGUGAAGAAGCCCGAAAGUGCUAACAACAAUGCUAGCAAAAUCGACAUGGAAUCACAUCAAUGGGGCGGUUUUCCGGUGAUUUCCUCCUGGCAAUCGAGUGAUUGCCGUGCGAUAUCUCUGGCAGUUUACAAUCUUGCCGUGGGAUGCAAUGUAUCCCUUUUUUCAGGAUGGGAACAUGAAGAAUUCAACUUGAAGCUACUGAGGCGACGUCAUGGUAACAGGCAUUUCGGUGUCCAUGUUCAUGACAAGCGAAUAACAGGAUACCUUACGAAGGAAACUGAGGAUGAGAUCUUGGAGCAGUGGAAACGCUUGCAUGCUGUAUGCCAGUCAUUUCCUGAUCUAAACUUUGAAGACCGAAUGGCCGAGGUGAAGACGCGGGACUGGUAUCGUGGUGAAGUCAAAGAUCGUGAAGAAACUGCUAGGAAUAAUCCCAUUGCAAGAUAUUCCGAAGACCACGGAGUCGACAUGUUUCUUGCAUUCUCAUCUCUCUGCCUUCACUUGGUGAAACUAGAGACAAAUUCAUUGGUUCGCAAUCGACUUUUGAAGCAAGCUUUGAGUGUGUUGCUUCCAGUGUCUCAAUUCUGCGUCGACGACGUUCUCUGGGAUUCCGAUAUAGGAGAAGCUGCUGCCUCUGUCGAAGGAUUUGACGAAUGGAGACUCUUGACCGAUUUGGCACCAGAACAAGUGCAGAGAAAGGCGUCGGGCAAACAAAGGAGAAAGAAGAAAGAAAAAAUAAUAGAAAAGAAGGUUCAGGAAUGGAUCAAAGGAACGGACAAACCUGUGAUUCGGACCUAUGUCCAGCUACCAACUCGAGAAUUACGAUCUGUUUGGAAUGAAAGUGACUCACCGGAAGCAGUGACUGACGACGACAAGAAACUCGCCCAGGAAGCUAUGGAAGAGGUUCAUGCUGCAAUCACACAAGUCCGAUCUUGCUAUUCCGAAAUGGCCAUUGAAAAAGCCAGUCUGAGUGCAUCCGUUGCUUUGCUGAAACUUGCAUCCCAUCGUGCUUGCUACGACCCUUUUGCUUGUCUGCAACAGGCGGCAACAUUUGCCAGUGCUGGUUUGAAACUUGGCAGCAGUGACGUUCACUUUCGCAAAGCACUCCCCGAUAUGAAAGCGUGCAGUCCAACCGAGGCCUUGAUGAUUCUGGGCCGAGCAGAUUGCCUGCAGGCUCUCUACUUUCCAAACGAGUCGGCUUUUUUAUGCAGCUAUGUGGCCGAAGUCUGCCGUUUACGACGAAUCUCAACAGAUCCAGCUCUGUUGUGGAGUGAUCAAUGGCGGAUUCUGGCAAUCCUGGCCUUCAAUGUGAGUGUCCUGAUUCGAACCACAGUAAAUACAGUGCUGGACAAGGAAAUGAAAAAGUCGUUCUUGUCCAUUUGGGAGCGAGACGUCGUGGAAGAGUUGGAGAUCGCACGACGAGACGGUUGGCUGUGGAAACGGAAAUACGUUUCGGCCAAAAAUGAUGGAAAGCAGGGAGUGACUGUGGGCGACGAGGACGACGAAGAAGAGCAAUUCGAGAGUGAGGCAAGCGAUAUGGGAGACGACGACGAAGAACCAGCUGAUUCCAAGUUUGGUGCAUCGCCACAGGACGCUGGUGCCAUUCAACUUCCUGUUGCAGCACCACCACCACCACCACACCUACCCUUUGAGACCAUGACAAAUGUCGCCACGAUGCAACCAUUUCUAAACAAUGCUGCUGAUCAGCAGCAACAAAUGCCUACUCUUGACCUUUUGAAUCCUGCGUUUUUGCAAGUGCAAGGAGAAAACGGCGACGAUGAAGUAUCUGAGAUUCGCAUUGUUUCAGUCUAG